AUGGGGAAGGACGGGAAGGGGAAGGAGGCCAAGGGGAAGGGCAAGCAGGCGGCCGGCUCCUCCGACGACGCCGGAGGCGCCAAGGGAGGCAAGGGCAAGGGCAAGGGCGGCAAGGGCGGCGACGACCUCGGCACCUGCACCUUCGUCAAAGCUAGGCACGUGUUGUGCGAGAAGCAGGGGAAGAUCAAUGAGGCGUACAAGAAGCUGCAGGAAGGCUGGUUGGACAACGGGGACAAGGUCCCUCCUGCUGAGUUUGCCAAGGCUAAGAUAUCUAGUAAUAUACUUACUUGUGUUGCCUGUAAAUGCUGGAUCUGUGAAUAUCUGUUACAAUUGGUAGCCCAAGAAUUCUCUGAAUGCCCAUCAGGAAAGAAAGGUGGGGAUCUUGGAUGGUUCCCGCGUGGCAAAAUGGCUGGUCCUUUCCAGGAGGUUGCGUUUAACACACCUGUGGGAGCUACUAGUGCACCAUUCAAGUCUACGCACGGGUACCACUUCAUCCUCUGCGAAGGCAGGAAGAACUGA